GGCGCGCGACGCGCGGUCCCCGGAACCAGCAACGCGGCAAAGGCGUCAUGUACGUACCCGCGGGCGGCCAGGGAACUCUUGCUGAGGGCGCUGCUGUCGUUGGUGUUCUGAACUGCCCCUGCCCGACGUUCUCGGCUUCGCGGGCCCAUGGUCAGGAGAGACUCAGGAUCGGCGGUCCGGCACGGUUGCGAGCUGCUCUUUGGUAGAAGCAAAUACUGUACAUGCCUGUUGGUGCCCUGACGGAAAUCAGUUCCGAGAGAGCGGAUGAAGGAACAGAAAAGUGAAGCUGAUCCCAGAGCAACAUACCCGGCUAACCUUAAUAAAAUGUGUAGAAGUAAAGCAGUGUGAAGGAAUUCAGGACCACACGUCUUACUGACUACAGUAACAGUUCAUACCAAGAAUAAUACUGAAGAAGGACCUUUCUCCCUGUGAAAAUCUUGAUGGAGGCAGAAGAACAGCAACAACCAUGGGAGACAAAAUUUUACCUGGAAUUACCAAAAGUGGAACUUCAUGCCCACUUGAAUGGAUCCAUUAGUUCUAAUACCAUGAAGAAAUUAUUAGCCAAGAAGCCAGAUCUUAAAAUCCACAAUCAGAUGACUGUGAUUGACAUGGGAAAAAAGAGAACUUUAGAACAAUGUUUCCAGGUAUUUCAAAUUAUUCAUCAGCUUACUACUAGCCCUGAAGAUAUUUUAAUGGUUACAAAAGAUGUUAUUAAAGAAUUUGCAGAUGAUGGUGUCAAGUACCUGGAACUAAGGAGCACACCCAGAGGAGAAAAUACUACUGGAAUGACUAAAAAGACUUACGUGGAAUCUAUACUUGAGGGUAUAAAACAGUCCAAACAAGAAAACUUAGACAUCGAUGUUAGGUAUUUAGUAGCCAUUGACAGGAGAAGUGGACCUUCAGUAGCCAAGGAGACUGUUAAACUUGCUGAAGAGUUCUUCCUUGCUACUGAGGAUACAGUUCUUGGCCUUGACCUCAGUGGAGACCCAACUGUAGGACAAGCAAAAGACUUCUUGGAACCUCUUUUAGAAGCUAAAAGAGCUGGUCUGAAGUUGGCAUUGCAUCUUUCAGAGAUUCCAGACCAAAAAAAAGAAACACAAAUUCUACUGGAUCUGCUUCCUGACAGAAUUGGGCAUGGGACAUUUCUUAACUCCCCCAAGGGAGGAUCUCCGGAUCUGGUGAACUUUGUGAGGCAACACAGGAUACCACUGGAACUCUGUUUGACCUCAAAUGUCAAAAGUCAGACAGUUUCAUCUUAUGACCAGCAUCAUUUUGGAUUCUGGCACAGUAUUGCUCAUCCAUCUGUGAUAUGUACUGAUGAUAAGGGUGUUUUUGCAACAUACCUUUCUCGAGAGUACCAGCUGGCAGCUGAAGCAUUUAAUUUGAACCAGUCUCAGAUAUGGGAUCUGUCUUAUGAAUCCAUCAACUACAUCUUUGCUUCUGAGAGCAGCAGAUCUGAUCUAAGGAAGAAGUGGAAUCAUCUGAAAUCCAAAGUCCUACAUUUUUAAGGUGUAAUGAGGUGAAUUAUUUUCAAGUUGCACGUUGCAACUAAGAUCUUUCUGCCAUGUCACUUAGUAAACCAUGCACCACUCUCCUUUAAGCACAGCAGCCAAGUACUGUGGCCUCCAUCAUAUCACCUAACACAUAGCAGGGUGCUCAAUAAAUAUGUAUUAAACUGAUAAGCAGGCUCUGCGGUCUUACAUAGCUUACCUCAGUGCUGCUUAUUGGAGGGGUUUACCAGUAACUCCCAUUCCACCAGUGAUUUUUAGACUUAGCAGUCCCUCACAAUUAGAGAUCGUAAAACUUCAGGAUAAUUCAAAUAGUUGUUCAGCAGGAAUGUUCUUUUUGUUGUUGUUGUUGUUGCUUUAAUUAGAGAAAUUGUGGGUUUACAGAACAAUCAUGCCUAAAAUAUAGGACUCCCAUAUACUGCCCCACCCACCAAUACCUUGCAUUGGUGUGAAACAUUUGUUACAAUUGAUGAUAACCCUUUUUUAUAAUUGUACUUUUUGUUAACAGUGGUUACCUUUGUUACAGUUGAUGAAAGAUUAUUAAAAUAGUACUAUUAGCUAUUGCAGCAGGAAGUUUUAAAAACCCUAGUCUAAAUAACAUGAGAAGGUAAAACAGUUUGCCGCCAAGACCUUUAAGCCUUCUAGCUUGUAAUAACAGCCCUGUAUUUUGUUGUGCUGACUCUAAUCAGAUUUCCUUCACUUGCUUUAACUUUUUAAGUAUUCCAAAGACUGUUGACUCCAGUGAAUGUCCAGUAGUCAAUGUUAAUGUAUCUUGGAGGAACCUUAAGCUGCUGCGAUCUGGCUUUGCCUUUCUCACGAUUAUCACAUCACUACUUGAGACUGAAAUCAUUGCUCCAAUUUAGGAAUAAAGGGAGUGAGAGGAAACUGGCUAAGGGGUUGGAAAGACAGAAACUGCUGCAGUUUCUAUUAAAACAGCUUCUGUCACUUUAGCUUUUCUUUACAGAAGCUGCCAGGGUUUCUAUCCCUGUACGCACUUUCUCCUAAUCCCAGAAGAUCCCUCUACUAGCAGUGUAACAUUGGUAAGAGAGUUCUCUGGGUCUCUUGUCACCCCUCUCCUUCACAAUGAACUAUUGGUGCACACUUACAUAAGCUUGCACUCAUAUCACAGCCACUUUAGCUCAAAAGAAGGGACAAAUUAAGAUCCAUUCUAAAUGGUAAGAAAAAAGAAUUUAUUAGACAUCAAGAUAUUUUUGAAUUGCUUUGAUUCUUAGAAUGCAUAUUUUUUCCCUGGAAUCAGAGGAAGGUAAGGUUGAUGACACCCCUACAUUUAAUUACUAAGGGUUUCUGAUAAGCUUUCUUUCUUUUAGGGAGCAGGAUUUUGGAAAGCCCUUUAGGUUUUUGAAGUUCUUAGAUAUAUGUUUGUGCCCUUGUAAAGCAUUAUAUCAUUCACUCUGCCCCACAUCUACCCAUAUACAAAUUACAUAGUCCUGAACUCCAGAAUCUUGAAAUGAGGUCAUAAAUUAGCAUCUAGUACAGUUUUAGUUUCUUCAGGGCCAGAAAAUUUCAGGACUCAGAUUGGAGACAUAGGGUGUUUCUAAAGCCUGUUUUAAUUAGAGGCCUACAAAAUAAACUUACCUUUUCAUCCCUUAAUCUGUGUAUGAAGUAAAAAAAAAAAAAAUUUCCCUUAAAAAUUAAUCAUAAUAUGAUCAAAGAUAUAUAGUUAUAUAUAACAUGCCCAUUAUAGUACUAUAUGGUAUAAAUUGAAAUCAGUCUAAAUAUCUAAAAGUAAGGAAUAGUAAAAAAAAAAAAA